AUGCAGAAGUCGGAGAAAGUGGACCACGAUCAAAUGGAGAAGCCUGGCCAGUAUCAUCGUAAACUCUGCCGUGAUCUGUUCUCCAGAGCUGGAGUCGAAGGGAGACGUGCAUCGUCAGUGGAAAGAUUGCAGCCCCAGGCCGAACCCUUGCAGAUGGGAAAUUGUAUCACUUCUCCGCUUUGCUGCCCAACAGGUGAUUCAGGUUCACCUAUUCAUGCCAAGUCAAAAGAUGGCCAUUUCACCGAGAACAUCGCAAAACCGCUUUGUCCUGAGAGUUUCCAAGAAGUGCUACCGCACAUCGACACCUUCAUCUUUGAUGCCGAUGGUGUGCUUUGGUUGGGCGACGAGGUGAUCCCUGGCUCGCCUGCACUGAUUGACUAUCUCAUUCAACAUAACAAACGCGUGAUUGUUCUUACGAACAACGCCACCAAGUCCCGAGCUGUUUAUGCGGAGAAGCUCGCCAGGCUUGGUUUCAACCGUAAAUUGGAUAAGGAAUCACUUGUGAACCCUGCCGCCGUCGUUGCGGAUGCCUUGCACAGAGCUGGUAUAGCCGGUUAUAAAAAAGUUUAUUUGAUUGGAGCACAAGGAGUGCGUGAUGAGAUGGAUGCUCUCGGUAUUGAGUACUUUGGCCAUGGACCGGAACCUUUCGACGAUUCUGAUGGGAGUACUUUCCUGUACGACAUCGAGUUAACGGAAGAUGUUGCAGUGGUCGUUGGCUAUGAAAAGCACUUUAACUAUCACAAGCUAAUGAAGGCGGCAAACUACCUCCGACAACGGCAUUGUCUUUUCCUGGCCACAAAUGAAGACGAGACUUGUCCAGGUCCCAAUCCAAAUGUCGUCACUCCAGAUGCAGGUCCCAUAGUAGCGGCGGUGCGAUGUGCAUCUGGCAGAGAGCCAAUCACUGUUGGAAAGCCAAAUACUCCAUCUUUUGACUACAUAAGGAGGCGAUGGAACAUCGAUCCUGAGAGGACGAUGAUGGUCGGCGACAGGUAUUCCGACAGGACGAAUACCGAUGUGAAAUUCGGUCGAGACCACGGAAUGAAGACACUCCUCGUGUUAUCUGGAUGCCAUCAGCUCGAAGAUAUCAUGGAGAAUCACCAGAAUGACCUAUUCGACAUGGUCCCAGACUACUUCGCAACUUGUUUAAGGGCCUUAUUAGUAGCUCGAGGGCCAGCUUAA